UCUCCUUUCCCCUCUUGUUCCUUUAUGCACUUCCCAGCCUCUGAACCUGCUUCCAGCUCUGUCCCAUCCUGCCUUGGACUGAGGCCACUUUACUGGGCAUAAUGCAGCUCCCAGAAUGAGGGCAGGAUGUCUGUUUCAACAGGGUGAAUAUUGAUGGGUUGUUGGUGUACUUCCCCUACGAUUACAUCUACCCUGAGCAGUACUCCUACAUGCUGGAGCUGAAGAGGAUCCUCGAUGCCAAGGGUCAUGGGGUUCUGGAAAUGCCAUCAGGCACAGGGAAGACCAUAUCACUGCUUUCACUCAUUGUGGCUUAUCAGACGAAGUAUCCUGCAGAAGUGACCAAGCUGAUCUACUGUUCACGAACAGUUCCUGAAAUAGAAAAGGUUAUUGAGGAACUUCGCAAGUUGCUGGAGUAUUAUGAGAAACAGACUGGAGAGAAGAAGCAGUUUCUGGCACUGGCCCUCAGCUCCAGGAAGAAUCUCUGCAUCCAUCCAGAGGUCAGCGCCCAGCGGUUUGGGAAGGAAGUGGAUGGCAAGUGUCACAGUCUGACUGCAUCACACGUCAGGGUGCAGCACUCCAGCAAUCCCAGCAUCCCCAUCUGUCAGUUCUACGAGGAGUUUGAUGUUCACGGGAGACAAGAGCCUCUUUCCAAUGGUGUUUACAAUCUGGAUGAUCUGAAGGUUUAUGGGCGACAGAAGGGCUGGUGCCCCUACUUCCUGGCUCGAUACUCCAUUCUGCACGCAAACAUAAUUGUCUACAGCUACCACUACUUACUGGAUCCCAAGAUUGCAGACCUGGUUUCCAAGGAGCUGUCACGGAGAUCUGUGGUGGUGUUCGAUGAAGCUCACAACAUUGAUAAUGUGUGCAUCGACUCAAUGAGUGUGAAUAUUUCCCGCCGCACAUUGGAUCAAUGUCAGAACAACAUUGAAACACUACAAAAGACUAUUCAACACUUAAAGGAAACAGAUGCUGCCAAGCUGAAGGAAGAAUACCGGCAAUUGGUGGAGGGACUGAAGGAAGCUCAUGUUGCCAGGGAAACGGAUGUCUAUUUAGCCAAUCCAGUAUUACCAGACGAAAUACUACAAGAGUCUGUUCCGGGUAGUAUCCGCACUGCCGAGCAUUUUGUUGGGUUUAUGAAGCGGUUUUUGGAGUAUCUAAAGUCCCGCCUGCGGGUACAGCAUGUGGUGGCUGAGAAUCCUCCCUCAUUCUUGAAGGAUGUCUUUGAUAAAGUCUGCAUCGAACGGAAACCCCUCAGGUUCUGUGCAGAGAGGUUACGAUCACUGCUGCGGACACUGGAAAUUGCAGAUCUCACCGACUUUUCACCCAUCACACUCGUAUCUAACUUUGCUACGUUGGUCAGCACCUACACCAAAGGUUUUACCAUCAUCAUGGAACCUUUUGAUGACAGAACUCCAACUGUUAUUAAUCCAAUCCUUCACUUCAGCUGCAUGGACCCAUCCAUUGCCAUUAAGCCAGUCUUUGAACGAUUUCAAUCAGUGAUCAUCACCUCAGGGACCUUGUCCCCUCUGGACAUGUAUCCAAAAAUCCUGGAUUUCCGGCCGGUUAUUCUGGCGACAUUUACAAUGACCCUGGCAAGAACCUGCCUCUGCCCCAUGAUUGUGGGUCGAGGCAAUGAUCAGGUGACAAUAAGCUCAAAGUUUGAAACCAGGGAGGAGAUUGCUGUAAUCCGUAACUACGGUAACCUGCUGCUGGAGAUGUCAGCCAUUGUCCCAGAUGGAAUUGUAUCGUUCUUCACCAGUUACCAUUACAUGGAGAACAUUGUGGCUUCCUGGUAUGAGCAGGGCAUUCUGGAAAACAUUCAACGAAACAAACUUAUUUUCAUUGAAACACAGGAUGCCGCUGAGACCAGCGUAGCUCUCGAAAAAUACCAGGAGGCAUGUGAGAAUGGACGAGGGGCCAUCCUGCUGUCUGUCGCAAGAGGAAAGGUCUCCGAGGGAAUUGACUUCGUCCAUCACUACGGGAGAGCUGUCAUUAUGUUCGGAGUUCCCUAUGUGUACACUCAGAGCAGGAUCCUGAAGGCUCGGUUAGAAUAUACACGGGACCAGUUCCAAAUUCGCGAGAACGAUUUCCUGACAUUUGAUGCAAUGAGACAUGCAGCUCAAUGUGUGGGACGAGCCAUUCGAGGAAAAACUGAUUAUGGAUUAAUGAUUUUUGCAGACAAGCGCUACGCACGGGCUGAUAAAAGGGGGAAGUUACCUCGGUGGAUCCAGGAGCACAUCGCUGACAGCAACCUGAACCUGACUGUGGAUGAAGCCGUACAGAUAUCCAAGCAUUUUCUGCGCCAGAUGGCACAGCCUUUCCGACAGGAGGAUCAGCUGGGAUUGUCGCUGCUCUCACUUGAUCAGCUGGAAUCUGAGGAGAUACUCAACAGGAUCCAAGAGAUCGCUCACCAAGUGUGAAGGCAGAAUGAACAGAUUGCUGACCCAAGUGUGAAUGGAGAUUACCCAGGCUGUUGGGGAUCUCACCAUCUUACCUUGCACCAGGGGCUAGUGGCCUCAGACCUCAUCCAGUGACUGGUGUUCAGCAGUUGGUGGUGGGGGUAUCCCAUGGACACUCCAUGGACUAUGGCAGUGCUCCUCCUGUGUGCCGUUGAUUGUAAUAUUAUUGACACCCCCAAACCUGAUAAAUGUUUUUUUUCA